GAGCGCGUGUGGCCCCGCGGCUGAGGGGUGUGCUUUUACUGCUAGUUUGCGGCAGCGGGUCGCGCGGUCUGCUCGGGAGCGUGGUUUGGUUUUGGCAUUUGCCGAGUGUGCAUGUCUUUUUUUCCGUGUUGGGAAGUAGAAAGCGGAGUCGUUCUGGGUAGAGCUGGAGGCUUGCAGCGCCUGAGGACAGGGCUGCGGCCGUGAACAGGGGAGCAGCUGAAAAGGAGGGCCCUUGCAGGCAGUGUCCGAACCCGCUGGGGCCCGGGCAGGUCCCGUGGUGACCCGGGGCGCCCGCGCCAUGCUUUUGACCCGGUGUCUGCUUCGAGCCCUGCGCUCCUGCUCCACUGCUCCCUGCCCCAGGCACAGACCUUCCUCCAGACUGAGCGUGCGGGACGCUCUUGGGUCCCAUAACGCGAGUGGGGAGCGCGUUAAGGUCCAGGGAUGGGUUCGAUCUAUCCGAUCCCAGAAGGAAGUCUUGUUCCUGCAUGUAAAUGAUGGGUCAUCUUUGGAAAGCCUUCAGAUUGUUGCAGAUUCAAGCUUUGACAGUGGAGUAUUGACUUUUGGGAGUUCUGUGGAAGUCCUAGGGCAGCUGAUAAAAAGUCCUUCCAAAAGACAAAAUGUGGAACUGAAGGCAGAAAAAAUUGAAGUUAUUGGAAAUUGUGAUGCCAAGGCAUUCCCUAUCAAAUAUAAAGAGAGGCAUCCUCUGGAGUACCUGAGACAAUAUCCUCACCUUAGGUGUAGGACUAAUGCUCUGGGUUCUAUAUUGAGGAUUCGCAGUGAAGCCACAGCUGCUAUUCAUUCCUUCUUUAAGAACAGUGGUUUUGUGCACAUUCAUACUCCAAUAAUUACAUCCAACGACUGUGAGGGGGCUGGAGAGCUUUUCCAAGUUGAGCCUUCAAGCAAAAUAAAAUUACCUGAGGAGAAUUUCUUCAAUGUUCCUGCUUUCUUAACUGUAUCAGGACAACUUCAUCUAGAAGUGAUGUCAGGAGCUUUUACUCAAGUGUUUACCUUUGGUCCAACAUUCCGAGCUGAGAAUUCUCAGAGCCGGAGACACCUGGCAGAGUUUUAUAUGGUAGAAGCAGAGAUUUCUUUUGUUGAGAGUCUUCAAGAUCUCAUGCAGGUUAUGGAGGGACUCUUCAAGACCACAGCAAUGACGGUUCUCUCAAAUUGUCCUGAGGAUGUUGAACUGUGUCACAAAUUCAUAGCUCCUGGCCACAAGGACAGAUUAGAACAUAUGCUAAAAAACAACUUUUUAAUCAUUUCUUACACAGAGGCCAUAGAGAUUUUACAGCAAGCAUCACAGAACUUUACUUUCACCCCAGAGUGGGGUGUUGAUCUGCAAACUGAACAUGAGAAGUACCUGGUGAAGCACUGUGGCAACGUACCAGUCUUCGUCAUAAACUAUCCACUAGCACUCAAGCCUUUCUACAUGAGGGAUAAUGAAGAUGGCCCUCAGCACACAGUAGCUGCUGUUGAUCUUCUGGUUCCUGGAGUUGGAGAACUCUUUGGAGGCAGCCUCAGGGAGGAACGGUAUCACUACUUAAAGAAGCAACUGGCCAGAUCAGGACUUACAGAAGCCUACCAAUGGUAUCUGGACCUUCGACGAUUUGGAUCUGUGCCACAUGGAGGAUUUGGGAUGGGAUUUGAACGCUAUCUACAGUGCAUCUUGGGAGUUGACAAUAUCAAAGAUGUUAUCCCUUUUCCAAGAUUUACUCAUUCAUGUCUUUUAUAGCUGAAAGGUUAGUUAAGGAAAAGUACCCUAGGGCAGAGGUACAAUAGUUGAAUGAAUAUGCAAGCAGAAGACUACAUGUUUGAAUUUUAGAAAUGUGGAUUUCAAUAUAUAAUUUUUCUGGGUGGGCACAGUGAUGCACUUCUGUAAUCCCAGCUACGUGGGAGGCAGAGGCAGGAGGACCACAAGUUUGAGUUCAGUC